AAUUAAUCGUUUCCCGUCACUCGCCCAUUUUAUUUAAUUGUUUAUUUACUUUGCCAGCAUAAUAAAAUAAUAUAAAUAUAUAUAUAUAUAUAUAUAAUAACCAUGCGUUCACAGUGAGACUGCAUAAUUCAGUCUUAGCCUGCUAGCUGGCACCGGGAGACAGCUGGUUAUGCAGACUAGCAUGCUAACUCAGUAGGUUAAUGAUUCACAAGUUCCUAAUCAUUCCCUUUAAAAGUUAGUUUAGAUACAGGCUCGAUAGCGCAAACAGCCAGGCAGACCAGAGAGCAUGGCGUCGCUUAGAUUCUGCGCCAAUAUCUCCUGGCUGUUCACGGAGCUGCCCGAGUUCAGCGAGAGACUGCGAGCAGCUGCGCGUGCAGGUUUCCAGGCUGUGGAGGCGGCGUGGCUGUACGGCUCUGAGCCGAGAGAGCUGCAGAAGGUCCGAGAGGAGAUUGGACUCCAGGUGGCUCUUAUUAACACUCCCCCGGGUGAUGUAAAGAAUGGGGAGCUGGGUCUGGGUGCUGUGCCAGGGAGGGAGCAGGAUUUCAGAGAGGGUUUGGCUCAGGCUGUACAGUAUGCUAAAGCACUGGACUGCAAGAGGAUCCAUGUAAUGGCAGGGCGGGUACCUGCAGGGGCGAAGCUGUCUGAGGUUGGUGUGGAAAUGGAAGCCACUUUUGUGCAGAACCUGAAACAUGCUGCUGAUGUUCUAUCAAAGGAGGGCAUUAUGGGAUUGAUUGAGCCCAUCAACACAAGGAUAACUGACCCUCAAUACUUCCUGAACUCGCCACAUCAGGCGGCUGCAAUCCUUGAGAAAGUUGACCAUCCAAACAUCAAACUGCAGAUGGACAUUUUCCACUGGCAGAUAAUGGACGGGAACCUGACGCAGAAUAUCCGGAGAUACUUUCCCUUAAUAGGUCACAUCCAGGUUGCUCAAGUUCCUGAUCGCCACGAACCUGAUAGUCCAGGAGAGAUCGACUUCCCUUACAUCUUUAAGCUGUUGGAGGAACUGGGCUACCAGGGAUAUGUAGGCUGUGAAUACAAACCUCAGAGUGAGUGCUUGACUGGCUCUGAUUAAAGAGGUUCCACAGAAGAAGGCCUGGCUUGGGUGAAGAAAUACUGGGAGAGUAAACACUGCCAAGUCUAAAACCACAUUGUAUUUGGGUUUAACCUGCGUGAUUUUUGUACAUUUCUGUAAGCACCACAACUGGAUCACACGCUUUUAUCUGACACAUCCAUACUGUGGAUAUUCUGACGACAGCAGCUAUAUAGAUACGGGUCCAUUAAUAAUAACGGUGUGCAUUCGGACACCUCCACGAUGGUCUUUGAAGAUACGGUGACACUAGAGCUCCAGACAGAAUUAUAUAUGAUUGACCUGCUUUAAUAAAAAAAUCAUAGUCACUGCACA